AGCUCCCCCUGGGCCCGCGAUCUUGGCCAUUCAGCCACCGCUGUCCCCGCUGCGCGCCCUCGCGCCUCUGCCUAAGAAGCCAGGCGCUGUUUCUCCACCGCGGAAGAGGAUGGCAAAGGUGGCCAAGGACCUCAACCCGGGAGUUCAGAAGAGACAAGGAAUCCUGAGGGGAAAGAGCGGGGAGAGUCAGAGGAUGAGGGCGGAGGACACAGACCGGCGUGGAGUAGAGUAGCUGAGACCCUUAGCCUCUUCCAGACGGAGCCCCACACACGUUGCUUAAUCUGAAACCUCCUGAUUCGUGGACCAAGAUCAGGACUGGCAAGAUGUCCCUGGGCCAGCAACAGUCAGCAAGAGGUGUGCCUUGUCUGCGAUGCAAAGGGACGUGUUCGGGCUUCGAGCCACAUUCGUGGAGGAAAAUAUGCAAAUCGUGCAAAUGCAGCCAAGAGGACCACUUUGUGAGCUCUGACCUGGAAGAUGAUCGGAAAAUUGGCCGCUUGCUGAUGGACUCUAAGUAUUCCACCCUCACGGCCCGGGUGAAAGGCGGGGACGGCAUUCGGAUUUACAAGAGGAACCGGAUGAUCAUGACUAAUCCCAUUGCCACCGGGAAAGAUCCCACCUUUGACACCAUCACCUAUGAGUGGGCACCCCCAGGAGUCACCCAGAAACUGGGCCUGCAGUACAUGGAGCUGAUCCCCAAGGAGAAGCAGCCGGUGACCGGCACCGAGGGCGCCUACUACCGCCGGCGCCAGCUCACGCGCCAGCUCCCCAUCUACGACCAGGACCCCUCUCGCUGCCGCGGACUUUUGGAGAACGAGCUGAAAGUGAUGGAGGAGUUUGUGAAGCAGUACAAGAGCGAGGCCCUGGGCGUGGGUGAAGUGGCCCUCCCCGGGCAGGGUGGCUUGCCCAAGGAGGAGGGGAAACAGCAGGACAAGCCCGAGGGCGCAGAGACCACUGCCCCCACCACCAACGGCAACAUCGGCGACCCGUCCAAGGAAUACGUCUGUGAGUUCUGCAAGGGAGCGGCCCCUGCCGACAGCCCCGUGGUCUACUCGGACAGGGCGGGCUACAGCAAGCAGUGGCAUCCUGCCUGCUUCGUGUGCACCAAAUGCUCCGAGCCGCUGGUGGACCUCAUCUACUUCUGGAAGGACGGGGCGCCCUGGUGUGGCCGUCAUUACUGUGAGAGCGUGCGGCCCCGGUGCUCGGGCUGUGACGAGAUAAUAUUCUCGGAGGACUACCAGCGCGUAGAAGACUUGUCCUGGCACCGAAAGCACUUCGUCUGUGAGGGCUGUGAGCAGCAGCUGGGUGGCCGAGCAUACAUCAUCACCAAGGGUCAGCUUCUGUGCCCAACAUGCAGCAAGUCGAAGCGCUCCUGAAUGGCUGUCCACCUGCAGGCGGGAUCAACAGGAUCCCACCAGGAAGGGGAGCCCAGUGUGCUGAGGCCAUCCUAAGGAUCUGGCGAGACAGCCAGCAAGCAACAAAAACAGUGCUCUUUUUUUCAGCAGGAAUAUAUAUCUCUAAGCAUAUUCUAGGUUGGGUGGUGGUGGAUCCUUGAGGGUCAAGUUUGAAAGCCAGAGAUGCUCUGAGAAGCCUUAGGAUGGAGUUAUUGUGUUUUUGUUGUUGUUGUUUCCCAGCCACCAGCUAAAGACCUAGGUGACAUCCUGCAAGGGAUCGCUGGGAGGAGUUUACCAGAAUUCAACUCUGAGUGGUCAAAUCAUGUAGCUGUAGACCGUGCGUGAACGUGGGGGCUCCUCGAGGAGCAGCCUGGGAUCCCAGCAACCAUUUGUUGCCUCCUUUUCAAGUGGAAUUGGAAUUUUAAAUCAAAAAAGUUUUGGCAUGAGAAACAUAUCAAUAAAAAUUUUAUGAAGUUCAUGUA